CACAUCACCACCACAACCACGCCUUCCCGCUCCUCCUUUGCCUGCCGCGCCCAGCAUCAUCUGCCCCUCUCUCCUCUCUCCUCUCCUUUGCACCCGCAUCCUCUCACACGACUGCACGCCGCUCCUCUCCCAGUCUCUACUCCCCUUUUCGCCAUGGGCCAAACGCUCUCCGAGCCUGUCGUCGACAAGGCGUCUGAGAAAGGCGAGGAUGACCGGCUUAUCUAUGGCCUCUCUGCCAUGCAGGGAUGGCGCAUCAGCAUGGAGGAUGCGCACACUGCCGUGCUCGAUCUUCUGACCCCGCGGACCGAUGCUGAAAAGAAGACACACCCCUCGCGAUUAUCCUUUUUCGGCGUGUACGAUGGCCACGGUGGCGACAAGGUGGCCCAGUUCUCUGGUGCAAACAUAUUCGAGAUCCUCAAGAAGCAAGACACCUUCAAAACCGGCAACUACGAGCAGUCCCUGAAGGACUGCUUCCUUGCGACCGACCGAGCUAUCCUUAGCGACCCCAAAUAUGAGGAGGAAGUCUCUGGCUGCACUGCCUGCGUUGGCCUCAUGAAUGACGAGAAGAUCUUUAUUGCCAAUGCCGGCGAUUCGAGAAGUGUUCUGGGUGUGAAGGGACGCGCGAAGCCAUUGUCGUUCGACCACAAGCCGCAGAAUGAGGGUGAAAAGGCACGAAUCACUGCUGCUGGUGGAUUUGUCGAUUUCGGACGUGUCAACGGAAACCUCGCCCUCUCCAGGGCGAUCGGCGACUUCGAGUUCAAGAAGAGCGCAGAACUGGCCCCCGAGCAACAAAUCGUUACGGCCUACCCUGAUGUGGUGAUGCAUGAACUGAGCGACGACGAUGAAUUCUUGGUCAUUGCUUGCGACGGUAUCUGGGACUGCCAAUCCUCGCAAGCCGUUGUUGAGUUUGUCAGAAGGGGCAUCGCUGCCAAGCAAGACUUGGACAAGAUUUGCGAGAACAUGAUGGAUAACUGCUUGGCCUCAAACUCGGAGACUGGGGGUGUUGGCUGCGACAACAUGACGAUGAUUGUCAUUGGCUUCUUGAGGGGCAAGACCAAGGAGCAGUGGUACGAGGAGGUUGCUAGCCGUGUCGCAAAGGGUGACGGACCUUGCGCCCCGCCCGAAUACGCCGAGUUCCGAGGCCCAGGCGUUCACCACAAUUUUGAUGACAGUGACAGCGGCUAUGACUUGGACUCUGAGAGCAGAUCGAAGCCGUUUGGCAUUGGCAACAACAAGGGCCGCAUCAUCUUCCUUGGAGAUGGCACCGAGGUGCUUACCGACUCAGACGACACGGAGAUGUUCGACAACUCGGAGGAAGACAAGGAUCUGGCUAGUCAGGUGUCCAAGACCAACUCUUCUGGAGAGGAUGGGGAUGGCCCUCCACCCCGAGCCCCUUCCCCGCCUCCCCGGGGGACUAGAAAGGAAGACGAGACGGCGACUAAGACUGAGGCGAAAGAGUCCGUCACGAAAGAUACCCCAGCAGAGACGAAGACGGAUGUUGCGGGCGGUGAGACUAAGAAGGAGUAAAUUAUUUCAACGGGCGUUUUUUGGCUUCAUGCAAGAGGGCAUCUAGUCAUGAAUAUCCGUCUCCAGUACAGCGAUUGAGGGACAUGGUUUCAGCUGCGAAACCAAGAUUUUCUUCCCCUUUUUCUCUUACAGUCGAGAUGGAAACGGCAAAGCAUAUGAGUUCAGUAUGAUUUGAAAUUUGGACGCAUCACACAAAGGAGUACGGAGCUGAAGGCGUAUUCAGCUUGAUUCUGUGAAAAUGAGCCAUGUCCCCAAAUUGAUCAGGGCCGACACUCUGCGUGUGACAAUCUAAGAAGGAUCCUUGGCUGACGGGUAAUAUGAACACGACUAGCAAGGCGUUGACAACCCUGGCCUAAUUCUGAUUUUGCUUUGUCUCUGA